AGCCCACUUGCCCGUUUGGUCCGGUAGUGACUUCCGCAUUUGGAACUGCAAGCACCAUAAGCGAUUACGGAUUUAGCGAUGACCCGUUCGACGGGGACGAGGAAGGCGCAGCCCUGUGCGUAGCCUCCAUCCAGGCACAGGCUAUCGACACCUCGCCUUAAGUUCCACUGAAGCAUCCAAAUCGAGAACCCUCCAAAUCUUUGCCCUCAGCCAGCAUCGCAACCACCAUGCUUGCCCGAUCGCUACUCGCCAGGUCCCGGCGCCUUUCGCGGCCCGUCUUCCGCCAGUGGAAUGCCGGCGCCAGGCUGCUAUAUGCCACGCCCAGCCGCAUGCAGACGGUGAAGAUCAAGUUCGAGGAUGACGAUGACGAGUUUGACGGUGUCAUUACUGAGGGCUUUUCGACUUUAGAAGACGUCAAAAAGCCGCGGACCGAGCUCGAGGCCGACGACUCCACGCCGUGCCCUCGUAAAACCGAGCUAGCGCAAAAGAUCCUCCGCCAAACAUUUGGCCGCGAUAGCUUUCGCCUGGGGCAAAAAGCAGCCAUUUCCAGCAUCCUCCACGGCAGGAAUGCUAUGGUUGUAAUGCCCACGGGAGGAGGCAAAAGUUUAUGCUAUCAGGUCCCAGCAAUCGCUUUCGAGGAGCUGGAUCUCACCAGUGGCGCCGCUAAACCUGGUGGCCAUGGCAUCACCAUCGUCAUCUCUCCCCUCCUCUCUCUGAUGAGGGACCAGGUCAACAUGCUCAAGCGCAAGGGCAUCGCUGUUGAGAGCAUGGACUCCGCCAAAUCUUCAAAGGAACAGCGGGAAAUCAGGGCCAAGAUUCGGAACGGGACGCUGCGUCUCCUGUACUGCGCCCCUGAGCGACUGAAUAACAAGGGAUUCAUAAAGACCAUCGGGCGUGUCGCCGGCGGGGUCCGGCUUGUCGCCGUCGACGAGGCCCACUGCAUCUCCGAAUGGGGUCGUCAGUUCAGACCCGACUACCUAAAGGUUGCCCGGUUUGUCCAGGAGGUCAAGGCCGAGCGGGUUAUCUGCCUUACGGCCACGGCCACGACCAAGGUCAUUGACGAGGUCUGUAAGGCUUUCGACAUCGCCAAGACCGAUGUCUUUCGUACCCCACUAUAUCGUCCCAACUUACGACUUCUUGCGAAACCCGUAAAGCACGCAAAGAAUAAGUUGGGUGAGCUCCUCUCCUUUUUGGAGAAGCACAAGGGCCCAACGCUGGUCUAUGUUACGGCACAGCGGCAGGCGGAAAAUCUGGCGAAGGAGCUAGUUGAUGCUGGGCGACACGCUCUCCCGUUCCAUUCAGGCAUGCAAACCGAAGACAAGGAAGCCAACCAAGACAAGUUCAUGGCUGACAAAGUCGAAAUCAUUGUUGCCACGAUCGCAUUCGGCAUGGGAAUCGACAAACCCAAUAUCCGAAAUGUGGUGCACUACGGCAUCCCUGGCUCAGUCGAAGAGUAUAGCCAACAGGUUGGCCGCGCGGGUCGGGACGGAAAGCCCAGUAACUGCAUCUUCUACCUCUGCCCCGAGGACUUGGAAGUUCGUUCGGUGCUCGCCUAUGGUGGUGCCCCAACGCGGGAAGCAAUAGUCUCAGUGCUAGGAAAUAUCUUCGACGACGAAGUCACGGCUCUUCGUCUGGAUGGUAUUUUCAAACGCAACCACUACGCCCAGUCAAACAAAUAUGACAUCCGCGUUGACCGUCUGUCCAUGAUCUAUGCGAUGCUGGAGCUGCGCUUUGGAUUGAUUCGCGCCACCACCCCCGUGUGUGAACCUUAUUGGUUCUAUCCUCUAAGCCAGUAUGACGCCACUAUCGCGAAAGACAAGUCGCCCGCAGCACAAGCUAUUAUUCAAUUUUCCUUCCAGCCAGUGGGAGGAAGGCUUUACAGCAUUGAUGUCCAGGCCGCUGCUAGGGCCGCGAACAUCAACCCGCAAGGGAUAAUCAGCAGGCUCAGCGAGUUACACCACAAGGGCAUCAUCAGCCUAACGGUAUCGGGACUGGAAAGCCAGUAUCAGCUUACGUCCGAAAAGCUGCCCCAAACACCCGCUGAGAUCGACACUUUAGCGGACGGGAUCUUUGCCGAUCUGAAGCAGCGUGAAGCCGACGCAGUCCAGCGGAUCGAUCAGGCCAUGGGGGUGGUGACAGGAAAGCAGUGUUUUGCCUACGCGCUUGCGUUGCACUUCGACAUGAGUCUGCCGGAUGACAAAAAGCGCUGCGGCCACUGCAGCUGGUGCGAGACGGGCGUCGCUGUGGUGAUGCCCGAGGCGCCGCCCCGGGAUCCAGUCGACCGGAACCUAGUCAUGGAGAUCCUCACCACCGUCCCAGACCGCGACGACCCGCUGCUCCUAGCCAACAUUGCGUUUGGAAUUACCACCCCGCGCAUAACGCGGAUGAGGAUUAGUAAGAAACCUGUGUUUAGGUCGCUGGUGGGCCACAACUUCUACGAGAUUCUCGACUUGUUCACCCAGGUCUGCAGCCAGGAAGGCGGCGAUCGCAGUAGCGUCAAGCGGGAACCGACGAAUAGUGCCCACUCGGGCUGAUAAAUUUAACCGUCUAGCGGUCGAGGCUGGGGGCGAGGUCGGGCUCCUGAUCCGGCCAGGCCUUUAGUAGUCGGUGCCGGAGGCAGAUUUGA